AUUUCCGUCAUCACCGUCCGGUUGCCCCCAUCACUCGCCGCACGAUACCAAUCGCUAUUCCAUCGAAAAUCGAUCUUCCCAUCUCUCGGCCGCGACCGCGGUGACGAAGGAACAAUAGCGAGAUAAUUUUCGACGAGAAACCAUGUCGUCGAUGUAUCCCGGCCAUCAGGGUAUGAGGGGCGUGCCCCCUGCCAAUGGUGGCGCCGGCCGUCUGAACGAGCUCCUCGACCAGAUCCGCGCCGAGUUCGAGUCUCAUGUCCGGCAGACCGAGACUUAUGAGCAUCAGAUUCAAGCCCAAGUGCAGGAGAUGCAAAUGAUUCGUGAGAAGGUCUACCAAAUGGAACAGGCCCAGAUGGGUCUCAAGCAGAAAUACGAGGAAGAACUCGCCAUCUUGCGCCGCCAGCUGGACAACCGCGGAGGCCCCCCAGGCCCCAUGAACCCGCCUCCCCAGCACGUCGCUCCUCCUCAGCAGCCGCCCCAGAUCGGGAACCCGGGGAACAACACAGUCAUCGGGGCCAUCCUCUCGGGCCAAGUCACCCAAGGCGGCCUCGCUCCUCCGCCUCACCCGCAGCAACAGGAGCAGCAGCAACCUCCCCACAUGCCCCCGGCACCUCCCGGUCUACAGGGUCCCCCACCCCCGCCGCCCCCGCCGCCAACUCAACAACAGCCUCCGUUCCAGCCGCAGUAUCCGCAGGCCCCUGCGCCGGGAGGUUUCCCUCCCCAGCCCCCGCAGAGCACCGCGUCUCCGGGGCCGGGAAACAAGCGGCCCAUCGGCAGGCCCCCGGCAGCUGGCCCAGCCACUCCCCAGAUAAACACUCCGGUGCCUUACAACGGGCCUGGCCAGUCCCCCCAGGUCCCUACCCAUCCGACGCCCGAUCAUACGAGGAUGGCCCAGCAUGUACCGGCCCCUCCGCCUCAUAACAAUGCCCUGGGCGAUCUUGACCCGGAGCGUCUGCCGAAUCACAUUAAGAAGGUUCGGGAUGACUGGUGGGCCAUUUUCAACCAAACUGUGCCCCGGGUUCUGGACGUCGAUCUCGUCCACACCCUUCAGCACGAGAGCGUCGUUUGCUGCGUGAGGUUCAGCCACGAUGGCAAGUAUGUCGCGACCGGCUGCAACAGAUCGGCCCAGAUCUACGAUGUCAACACGGGCGAGAAGAUUUGCGUCCUUCAGGAUGAGAGUAUCGAUCUCAAUGGCGACCUCUACAUCAGGAGCGUCUGCUUCAGCCCUGAUGGCAAGUAUCUAGCCACCGGAGCCGAGGACAAGUUGAUCAGGGUCUGGGACAUUCAAGCUAGGCAGAUCCGGACGACGUUCGCCGGCCACGACCAGGAUAUUUAUUCGUUGGACUUUGCUCGUGAUGGACGCACUAUUGCGUCUGGCAGUGGCGAUAGGACCGUCAGAAUUUGGGACUUGGAGACGGGCAACUGCAACUUGACGCUCACGAUCGAGGAUGGCGUCACGACGGUCGCCAUUUCGCCCGAUACCAAGCUCGUGGCUGCCGGUUCUCUUGACAAGAGCGUGAGGGUGUGGGACGUCAAGAUGGGAUACCUCCUCGAGCGCCUCGAGGGUCCCGACGGCCACAAGGACAGUGUGUAUAGUGUCGCAUUCUCCCCCAACGCGCGCGAGCUUGUCAGCGGCAGCCUGGACAAGACGAUCAAGAUGUGGGAAUUGACCACGUCUCGCCAAAUCGGCCACACCCAACAGCCCCCGCUCAAGGGUGGCCGCUGCAUCAAGACCUUCGAGGGUCAUCGGGACUUUGUUCUCAGCGUUGCCCUCACCCCCGACUCGGAAUGGGUGCUCUCUGGAUCCAAGGAUCGUGGCGUCCAGUUCUGGGACCCGCGCACCGGCCAUACCCAACUCAUGCUCCAGGGCCACAAGAACUCGGUCAUCUCGGUCGCUCCCAGCCCCGUCGCUAGCCCCGGUGGCGGCUUCUUCGCCACGGGCUCGGGUGACAUGCGCGCGCGCAUUUGGUCGUACACCCGCCUGGAUAGGCGAACAUAGAAGUUUGUCGCCAUGGAGCCAGACGGGUUCUGCAGUGUCUUUCCGUGAACCAAGGCCAGCAACCUAUGGUUGGGGUGUUAUCGGAGGAAAUAGGCUGUUCCGCGCGUGAAAUAGAACGGGGUUUGAGAGGCGAUGGCUUGGUAGUAACUCGAUACUCGGGGGUUGGGAGUGACGUAGGCGGUUUCCCAUUUGGAUGUCGCGGCGUCAGGAAUGGCUUGGAGAACUUUCCCCUGUUUCUUCUUUCUUCUAUGUCGGUUUUAUGGGAUGGAUGGAAAUGGGUGUCACUGUUGUUGUUUAGUGUCCAAGGAUGAUGACCG